GUGCAAGAGAGGUUACAAAAGUCUCCAGACUGAAAAAGACAAAAAGUUUAGAAAAGGAUAGGAAUUUAACUUCCGGUAACAUGGGGGCAAAGUUGAAAAGGGUGAUUAAUGCUCGACUGAAGGUGUUAUAUUUGAAUGCGCGCCCUAUACGGAAUAGGGUAAAUGGUCUUGUUGCGCAUUUAGAGAUUGGCAGGUAUGACGUGCGGGCAUCGCGGAGUCGUGGCUGAAAGAUCAUAGCUGGGAGCUUAACAUCCAAGGAUAUACAUUGUAUAGGUUAGAGUGGCUCUGUUGGUUUAAAAAAAAGUAAUCCUUAGAAAGAGGAUUGAAAGAUGUAGUAUUCUUUCGGGAAGGGUAAAAAGACCCAGAUGGGAAUUAAAUAUAGGCCUCUGAAUAGUAGCCAGGAUGUGGGAUGCAAGUUAUAUCGGGAGAUAGAAAGGCAUGUGAAAAGGGCAAUGUUGCAAUAGUCAUGAGAGAUCUCAAUAUGCAGGUGGAUUGGGAAAAUCAGGUUGGUGCUGGAUUUCAAGAGAAGGAAUUUGUCGAAUGCCUUCAAGAUGUCUUUUUGGAGCAGUUUGUGAUAGCGCCCACUUAGGAAUGGCAAUUCUGGAUUUGGUGUUGUGUAAUGAACCAGAUUUGAUUAGCAAGCUUAAGGUAAAGGAACCCUUAGGAAGCAGUGAUCAUAAUAUUAGAAUUCACCCUAUGGUUUGAGAGGGAGAGGAUAAAGUCAGAUGUAUCAGUAUUACAGUGGAGUAAAGGGAAUUACAGAGACAUGAGAGAGGAGCCGGCCAAAGUUGUUUGGAAUGGGACACUCGCAGGGAUGACGGCAGAACAGCAGUGGCUGGAGUUUCUGUGGGCAAUUCAGAAGGCGCAGAAUAGAUACAUCCCAAAGAUGAAGUAUUUUUAAAGGGAGGAUGGGGCAACUGUGGCUGAUAAGGGAAGUCAAGGACAGCAUAAAAACAAAGGAGGGGACAUAUAAUAUAGCAAACAUUAAUGAGAAGUUAGAGUAUUGGGAAGCUUUUAAAAACCAACAGAAAACAACUAAAAAAGCCACAAGGAGAGAAGAGAUGAAAUUUGAAGCUAUGAACGGCGAGAUUGAUGUUAAGGGGGUGACACUUGACUCGGGAGCCACUACAUCUGAGGCCUUUUCUCCAACAUCAGCAACGAAUGUUGAGGUGGCGAGCUCCCACCCCAACUCAAUGAGCGGAUAUGACUUUUACUGGGACUGCGGACAGUACCAGGCCACAAACGCGGACAUCCUCAAAGAGAAGGUGCUGCUGUCUCAGCUGCCGUCUCAAGGACAGCACCAGCCAACUGGUCCUUUUGAAGCUGCUAUCAAAGAUAUCCCAUUUGAGCCGCCUUCUGUACCCAAAGCACUGAAGUUGUACGAUGACAGGACUAGCAGUUCUGGCAGUUUGGAUUUUGAUCCUUACAACUUGUGUUCUCCUCAAAAAAUUCAUUUUGACAUGGUCCACGGAACACCGUCUUUCUCCCCAAACCCUGAGCUGACGAGGAUUAUGUUUGAAGAGGUUCACUCCUUCCCUUAUCCCUUUGAUCACCAGUAUGGACAAUGCAACUCACAGCCACACCUGGUGGAUCUUGAGGAAGCUGACCUGGAUCUCUUCUGCAGCAAGGAGUAUGAAGAUGUUGUGGGGAUGCUGAAUAAAGAGUCAGAGAACCGAGAGAAUUGUGACAAUGAUGUUAGCGACUGCAUCGAGCCAAAGACAGAGGAACUGAAAAUGGGCACAACCCAGGACAUCCCCACCCAUAUAUUCUUCAGCUACGAUGGCAACCAGACUCUUGAAAACUCUCUAAACUUCAAUAUUCUGCUGAAGGAAAUUCCUCACGAUCCAGCCUUGGUGGUGCCAUCUACCUUGUCACAACACACAGACUCUGCAGGUGAGGUUAAUAACGCAGUGAAUGACUGCCAGAGUUCAGAAGUGAAGGUGUCUCUGAAACAGGAUGUCCCUGCCUUCUCCCUUACUGACUCAACACUUGCUCCUUCUUUUGAAAGUAUGAACCUGUUCAAAACUUCACUCAAUGAAACACAGAACUCAGCCUCACUUCUGAUGACUGCACAAACACCAUCACUGAAGAAAGGUAUCAUUGAUGCGGACAAUGAAGCUGAUAUUGGCAAGGACCGUGAUACUGCAGCCGAGAACCUGGCUAUGUCAUCCCUCGUGCUGUCCGAUAUCGAAGGUGAGAGAGCUGCUGCUAGCACCAGCUCCCCGGAAUCCCUCACACACACCAGAAAGCCUGCGAAGAUGGCACAGAUGCAAGCAGCUCCCACACCAUCCUCUACCAAGGGUCAGGGCAAAUACAUGCGUAGAAGAGUAACUGACGAAAGCGAGUUGCGCAUUCCACUGCAAUACGGGUGGAAACGUGAGAUCAGAAUAAAGACUGUAGGAAAUCGUCUGCAUGGAGAGACCACCUAUUAUGCCCCCUGUGGAAAGAAAUUGCGUCAGUUCCCUGAUGUUAUAAAGUACCUGAUCCGAAACGGGAUAACAGAACUCAGUCGUGAACAUUUCAGCUUCAGUCCUAGAAUGAACGUUGGAGAAUUUUUUGAAAUGAAAGAAUCUCCUGAGGGCAACCACUGGUAUAAGCUCACAGCUGAAGAAGCCCCUCUGCGGAUUCAAGCAAUGAUGAGCAGACGGGGACGGCCACCAAAUUCCAGCAAGCAGCGGGUUCAGAAGCUAUCUGUGCUCAACCAGGGUAAAGGAAAAUCACGAAAGACCAGGACCGUGACCCUCCUUGACAGCAGUGAUGCCAAACUCAUGAAAAAGCUUGAACAGCAGGCUGUUCUGAAUCCGAAAGAGACACAGAUACUGAAAGCACUGAUGAAUAAAUUGAAGCAAAAGCAGGGGCCAGGUAAGGUGCAGAAGGCAAAGAGGAUGAAAGAGGAGAAGGUGAUAAAAAGGCAGCAGAAAGUGAAGCAGCAGAGACUGCAGCUCCUGCAUGAGAUGAAGAAACCCACUGAGGAUCUGUAUCUGAGAGAUCUCAAGCCUCUGCCAGAGUUUAAGCGCAUCGCAGGCCUGGUUCUUUCAGGCCGUGCCUUUUCGGACUGUCUCACGGUGUUUGAGUUUUUGCACACCUAUGGCAAGGUGUUAGGCUUCAAUGUUCUCAAAGACAUGCCCACCCUGAAAACACUCCAGGAAGGCCUGCUGAAUGUCGGAGAUGCAGUGGGCAUUAUCCAGGACCUGCUUAUUAAAUUACUCCACAUUGCAAUAGUUAAUCCAGGAUUGCCUAAUCAGUACCAGUCAGUUACACUUCUAAGGGAGCGAAUCCGUGACAUUCAAAUCACCAGGAAUAAUGUGUCAGAAGUGCUGCGGAUUUUCCUGGAAGCUUAUGGUGUGGAAGCAGAGUUAUGUAGAGGUCUGAAGAGCAAAUCUUUCCAGGCGCACUCUUCUGAGAAAAAGGCUUCGGUGCUGGCCUUCCUGGUCAAUGAGUUGUUGGAGAACAGCUUUGUCGUAAGGGAAAUUGAUAAAAACCUGUACCAAAGAGCCAACAUUCGGAAAAACAAGUGGAUUGUGGAUGGCAAACUCAGGAGGUUACAGAGAACUCUGGCAAAGAAGAAAGGAUUUGAAAAGCUCAAAACCAUCAUGGAAGACAGGCGACGGAAACCAGAAUUCAGUUUUGAAGUUGACUACAAUGGCACAUCUAUGAGAAACGGCGAUGAAGAGCGGGUGAAGGAAGGUACCAGAGGGAAAUUUUCAGGGAAGAAGACGGAAGGAAAUAAGAUGGAGUACGAACAGCCGUCUACCAGUGUGUCUGAACUAAGCUGUCAGAUUGAGAAGCUCAGUAAGCGACAAAUCUAUUUUGCACGGAAGCUGCUUCAAUUCUCCCAGAAACUACGUGCCUUGUUAUUGGGGCGGGACCGCUUCAGACGUCGCUACUGGGUUUUUCCUCACCUUAGUGGCGUGUUCGUGGAAGGCUCUGAGGAAUCAGUGGCCGCUGAAGAGGGAGACCUGGAAAAAAACCAGCGCCAGUCUCUCGAGACUGCCCCAGUUAAAGUGCAGGGGGCAGAUGCACUGAGUGUGAAGGCCAGCACUCUGGUUACGCCAAAGGAUGAACAGCGGAGCAAGUGCGAGGCCAAUGUGGCUGCCCCAGAGAGCCUGGAGCAGCAGCGGGCCAAUGUCAAACACUGCAGUGGUUUACAGCAGGAGGUACCUCCCACUGGCCAGCCUCACUCGAACCUUGAGCACCUGACUGUGUUUUUAGCGUGGCUGGGCGUCCUGCAGAAUUCUGUGUCUGACCUCUCCGUCUCGAAUCCUCAAUGUAGCACUAGCAAAGACAGACUGGCUGUCUUCUCCCCCGAGGUCCUGCUAGCCAGCAACCGCAAGCUGUUCGACCUUAGUGUCCCAAACUCAGAGCAGAGGGUCAAGGACUGUGCUGAGAAGCAAGGGCAGUGGUUCAGCCUUCUCCCUAGGGUUCCCUGUGAUACCUCUUCUGUUAUCCAACUCCCAGCUUCUCCACAGCCAACACUGCAGCAUCAGUGCCAGUUAGUGGCCUCUGAUCCGAAUGGACUGGACCAUGGUCCACUGGGGCCAACUGCCGCUACACAGCCAUCUAUGGAGACUCCAUUUGACACACAGUUCAUAGACUCUCUGAUCCUUGACCUUGCUUCUGGGACCUCGGAAUCUGCUUUUCCACAAACUAACACCCCCGUGACUAAACCUCAUCCAGCUGAAGGCCUUCCUCUGGCUGAGAGUACACGGCAAUGGAUAUCUAAACGUCGUGGGCGGCCAUCAAAAUUGCAGAAGGAGUCUAAUCAGUGUCAAUUGAAACCAAUUCCAGCAGAGAUGCAGAAAGGCUGGUGGCACAUUGACAGCCCUGAGGAACUGAACUGCCUGCUCAAAGCGCUUCAUCCACGGGGUAUCCGAGAAAAGGCCUUACACAAACAGCUCCUCAAGCACAUGGACUACGUUAAUCAAGCCUGCAUGAGAGACAAAAGGGAUAUCCUCUUUAGUAACAAUAGUGAGGAACAGAUAAUUACAAAGGAAAUGGUGGAGAACUGGAAACCAGAAAAGUGGGCGAUGUUAGCUGACCUCGAGGUCCUGCAGUAUCUUGAGGAACUGGAACAGAGGGUGAUAUCUGCCAGUCUGCAUGUGGAGGGCUGGACUUGUCCAGACACUGACUCUACCCGUGAUGACCUGGUGUACUUUGAUCAGAAGUGCCUGACCUCCAGUGAAGGCAAAGUGAAAGGCGAGGAAGAGAUGGAGCUCAUGCGGAGAAAUAACAACCCUCUGGAUCUAGCUGUGAGCCGCCUGGCGACAUUGGAGCUGAACAUAGAGCGGCGGUAUCUGAGGGAACCAUUCAGUGCCCCCACUGCAAGGAAACUGGAGCCCAAAGCAGCAGCAAGUAAAGCUCCUGUCAAGGGUGGCUUGGAGACUGAAAUAAACAGUAAUGAAGUUGGUGUCCCUCCUGGGCUGAGCUUGUGGCGAGAAACCUUACUGAAAUGCUCAAAUGCUGCUCAGGUAUUCAUGUGCAUCCAGCGGCUGGAGAACUCCAUUGCUUGGGAGAAGUCUGUUCUAAAAGUGUUAUGUCAGAUCUGUCGAAAGGGAAACAGAGAUGAUUUGCUGCUUCUGUGUGACAUCUGUGAACAGGGCUGCCACACCUUCUGCCUCAAGCCGAAGAUCGAAGAGAUCCCUGAGGAUGACUGGUUCUGUCCUAUCUGCAUCAGUAAGGCGAACAGACAGUCUGCCAGGCCUAGAUUGUCACGGAAUAAAAUCAAGCAGAGAAGAGAUAGAAAGCAUCUUGCAAGAAAGGCAAACAGCCACUCUGCUGAACCUGGAUCCUUUCUGACCAAAGGCAGGCAGAGAAGAUACAGGAAGCGUACCCAAAACAAAAUCAGUAAUGCCAAAGGUGUGGAAUAUAGCGCUGUGAAAAGGAGAAACAAAAAAAGGAGUAAUUCUCUAUCGCCAGGGAAUGCACCUGCUGCCAAGAAAAGGAAAAUCUCAGCCAAAAGUGAUCCAAAGGACCUUGCGCUGUGCGAGGUUAUCCUCAUGGAAAUGGAAUCCCACGAGGACGCCUGGCCCUUCUUACACCCUGUCAAUCCACGGAUGGUGCCUGGUUAUAGAAAGGUCAUCAAAAAACCCAUGGACUUUUCUACCAUCAGGGGCAAGCUCAUUGAAAGGAAAUACACGAGCUGCAAGGAAUUUGCUGCAGAUGCUCAUUUGGUGUUCGAUAACUGCUUGAACUUCAACGAAAACAGCUCCGAGAUUGGACAGGCAGGGAAUGUGAUGAGGAAGUUCUUUGAGAGUCGAUGGGCCGAGUUUUAUCAUUCAAGCUAAAAUGUCACUGGGAGGCCAGGGAAAAAGGCAAUGUUAUGGAUCAAGAUCAAACCCAAUAACACUGCCUCUCACCAUUGAAGCUCAAUGUGACUUGGGACUGGAAACAAGACAUAUUUUGGCAGUUUCUCUUGACUUUCUUUGGAUUUGAAUUCAUGGUAUUUUAAAAAUAAAACCCUAUCUUUAAUGUGUCAGUCUUAGCUUUUAGAUGCCGAGGUUGAAUAUAUGGUGUAUGGAUAUGACAAUGAGGAAUGUACUGUAGAUCUCCCGGUACACUUGAUUUUGCUGGGGAUCACAACAAUUAAUUAAGCAUUGGUGUAAACCACCACUCAUUAGUUUCACUAAAGGGUGAACAAGAUGCUUUACUAGGAACAUAGCAAAUUGAUUAUAUUGUUCAUUGCAGUUCCUCAAAUUAAUUAAUUCUUGCUGAUUGGGAUUUAAAACUGCAUACUCUCCCUCCUGGGCUGGCUAUUUGUGUCUCUUUGUCAUACCAGGAGCUUUGUCUGAAUUGUUUGAUACUAGUUCCCUCCCCUCCACAACCCAAGAGAUUCACUCGUAGCAUCAUCAAAACCUUUGUUGAAGAUGACUUGUGAAGCCAACGUUGUGUCACUAUCGGGGGCAUCAUUUGUUCAGUCUGAGCUGUGUAACUUUUGCAUUUGAGGAAACACAGGAGAUGGAGAGAAUGUAACAGCCAAGGGUUGUGUGCCAUAGACAUAGUUUGACUCUUAACUCAUGUUGCCUGAGGUCAUUGCAGGAAACAUUCCACCUUCCUGAAACAGCAGCCUCCUAAAAUCCCACCCAAAACAUACCAGAGACCUGCCAACUCUUUCUUUUGGUCUGACUCUCUCCCUUCCCAGCCUUCCCAGCCUUCCCAAAUGAUACAGACAUCCUCACUCACAAGUGAGAUAAGCAGUACAAAGAGUUGAAAGGGAUAUAUUUACCAGUAGUCUUUGAUUUCAUUAUUGUCUAUUUAUGUUUGUGUCAUUUAGUAAAUAAUAUUAUUUAUGUUUUAUGUCGUAGUUUUGCACUGAGCUACAGUACUGUAUUAAGUGUUCAAGGAUUGUCUGAAACAAUGAAUUCCCAAUCUGGGCAUUGGAAUGGCACCUUGCAAAACUCUUUCCACUGAAAUCCUGGGCCAACCAUAGCCACUAUUGCAAACUUAGAUAAAUUUUCACCAAGCUUUCUCUGUUGCAGUAGAAUAAUAUUCUUUUCCCCAGGAAUGAAUAUGAAUGUCAUACCUCAGACUCAGUCAGAAAUAGUGAAAUCUAUUUGAUUUUCUGUCACUACAUUUCUAUGCACUUUCCUUCCAACCCUAUCCCCCUCCCCUCCCCUCCCUCCACUCUUAAAAGUGAGCAGAAUUUAAUUAAAGGAGAGAACAGUUCAUUGCUGGGACUGUUGUACUGAAUCACACACAGCCUUGUGUUGCCUCAGAGCACCCACUACUCUAGGUUCAGUAUACUUUUCAGGGUAUCUCCAUGCAACUAUCUUUGGCACUCUGCAGCUUGUUGCCAGCUAUGCUGUGUACCAGUGACAGUGACAGAAAAGAAAUCUGGUUUUGGAGGAGCAGCGAAUGUGUGUGCAUCUGGAGAUUGUACAGACUGCCCCUCAUAGGUGAUCUAACCUGCAAAAGAGGUGACUGCUGUGCUGAGGCAUGUUUGCAGUUAUCAUGAUUAAGCUUAAGCUAGACAAAUUUGUGGCAAUAAAAAGUGAUUGAAAAUAGUCAUUUAUUGUACAACCCCCUACAAUGCGAUCAUCCCCUUAUUUAUCAGCUCCACCCAUAAAGCCUCACUGGAUGAUCCUUCAGUAAUUUCACCUGACAUCAGUUUAAUCGUCUCACACAGCCAGGUUACAUGCAAAAUGGAAAAAUGCGGUUUGGAGAGACCUUUGGGCUAAGGUAUAUCCUCAUAAUCCUACUAAUAAUUCGGUAAAAUCUCGGCAGAGAAAGGUGGAGUACCUAGUUGGUGGACCCAGUGGACUGCAUCCUGAUGAUGCCUUGAGCACAGAAAACAGCUCUAACAGCCCUGAGGGACAAACCUGACCUUGAGCAGCCUCCUCUCCCUCCAAUAAAACCGGUAAAUGCAACAUUUAGUGUUGAUGAAACUUAAUUGGAGCUGAUGAAUAAGGUUUUCAUGAAAAGUUAUUGACCCAAAAUGUUUCUCUUUCCUCCGCCACUGUGCUUCUGUUUUUAUUUCAGCAUCUGCGGUUGUUUGGUAUUCAAUUGCGCUGUCCCUCUACUCUGGCUCCGAGCACCUUCCUGCUAGUCUUCAGUGGAACUGUGAAUUCAGAUCUCUGGGUCCUCUCAGCAUCUGAGAUCAGAAUCUUCCUGGAAGCCUUCAAUGCAUUCAGGAUGAACUAUGUUCCAGAAAGACAGGGAAAUCACCCAUUCUCAAACACAAUCAACCGUUGCACAGAAACCCCAUAGAAAAUGAUAUUUUGAAAGCAUUAAUUUAAGCCAACAUGGAAAUUAGGACAGUGAAUCAGUCGUUAACAGAGUGAGUAGAUUGGUCUGUAUAGGGAGAACCCAUUCUUUUAUUCCUUUUAACAAAGGAAACACCUUUCUAUUUAACAUUUGUCAUUGUCACUGUUUUAUAAUGUACAAUUGUUUUGUGAUUGACAGGUAAUCUGUUUCAAUGUAUUUUUAGGACCAACAAGCUUUCUAUAAGGGAGCUACUAAAUAAGAGAUCUGCUCUGAAGCCUGCUAUAAAGGGUGUUGUAGUGGAGCAUAGGAAAUAUUCACUAGAUUGAUUCGUAGCAUCGAGAGAGAUUGUUCUCAGAGGAGAUUGAGCAGACUUGGCCCAUAUGCUCUUGAGUUAUUGAAAAUGAGAGAUGGAGAUAAGGAGGGCAGAUAUAUUCUGAUAAGGGGGAAUAUAGAUGGAAAUUCAGUUUCUCUAUUGAAUAUAUACGCACCCCCAGGAAGUGAUAUUAAUUCCUUUCAGAAAAUUUCAAAUAUUAUGGUGACGGAAACAGAAGGUCUUCUGAUACAUGGGGGAGAACCAAAGUUAGACUUUUCCAAUAGAAAAACCUAUGAAACAAAAUCCUUACAUAAGAAAGUUAAUACACUUUUUGAGGAGGUUGGUCUAAUUGAUAUAUGGAGGGACCUUUUCCCUGACAGAAGGGAUUACACUCAUUAUUCUGCCUCCCAUUCUGUACAUACAAGAAUAGACUAUUUCAUAACAUUUGGAAAAGACAAAGACAAAAUAAACACCUGUGGAAUUGGGACAAUAGAUUUAAGUGACCAUGCACCUAUAUAUUUAUCUGUUGAUUUUGACCUACAACCAAAGAAUACUAAUUGGAAACUAAAUUCAAGUCUACUCAAUGAUCCCUGCUUUAAGGAACAAAUUAAAAAAGAAAAUGAGAGAUGGUCUCAUUGAAUAUACAAAUUCUUACAGGACUUGACAGAUGCAGGAAUCAGUCUGGUGAAUCUUCCCUGUUUUGAUGCAUUCUGUUUUUAACAAGAAUAUCUUCUCUUGCGUAGGGAGAAUAGACUUGUAGGGAAUAUUUCAGAUAUGGUAUCACUAGGAUCCUGUAUAGUUUUAGUAAGAUGCGUGUACUUUUGCACUCAAAUUGUCUGGCAACAAAGGCUGAUGUGUCACUUGCCUUUCCACUACCCGCUGAACCUGCAUGUUAACUUUCAGUGAUUUGUGUAUAAGGAAGCACAGGUCCCUCUGAACACCAACACCUUUUAAUCGUCUAUCAUUUUAAAAAAAUCCAUCUUUUUUUUUAAUCUAUUGGCACGAAAUGCGACUGUUUAUUCAUUUCCGUAGAUGCUGCCUGACCUGCAGAGUUCCUUCAUUAUUGUGUGUGUGUUGCUAAUCCAUUUUUCUAUUUUUUCCACCAAAGUGGGCAACCUCCUACUUUUUCCACAAUAUAUUCCAACUACCAUGUCCUUUUCCAUUCGCUUGCCCAUUCAUCUCCCCUAGACAGGGGUUCCCAAUCUGGGAUCCACAGACCAUUGGUUAAUGUAGGGGGUCUAUGGCAUAGAAAAGAUUGGGAACCUUGGCACUGGAGCACCUCAGCAGGCAAUACUGUGACCCAGGUUUGCAUCAUCACCAAACUUGGAUCUAUUGCAUUUGAUUCCUUUGUCCAAUCCCAGGGCCCAUUACCCAAUCCCUGCAGUAGCUAACAUUUUUAGGAUAUGUAGAAAAAGGCCACUAAGCCAUAUUUUGAGAACUUAAACCCUACAAAAUGUUUGUAAUGGAAAGGUAAUGAAAGCUUGUCUCCGGGUACUGGGGGUAGUAACAGUACAGCAACAGGAAACAUGGACCUUUCUUUGUUUAAGGAAUGUCAUCUUUGUCGUCCUCCUCCCAUACAUUUAUGUAGCUCAUGAUGAAAGCUGAUCAUUUUAUAAAUGAUAUCAAGUAGCAGACAAGAAGCAUUAAGUCUUUGCUCCACAGCCUGGUAAAUACACCAUUACUCCUGGUUAUCUACCUGAGCUUCUUGUCUUUUGGAUCUCCUGGGUCCUUAACUGGUGUUUUCAUAAAUGGAAAUGUACUACACUUGUGUGCACAAACAUACGCAAAGUGGCAAAGUGGGAAGGGACCAUCCCGUUCUUGAACACUAUCAAUCCUCACAGAGAAAACCCGUGAAAAAUAUUUGAAAAAAAUUAAUUUAAUAGUCAAGAUGGAAAUUCGUCUAGUGGGAUCAGUCAUUUACACAGGGAGCAGACUGGUCUGCAUAGGAAAAACCCAUUCCUUUAUUCCUUUUACCAAAAGGAGCACCCUUUUAUAUGACAUUUGCUGUUGCCACUUUUAUAAUGUACAGUUUUUUUUGUGACUGAAAGUUCAUUUCUUUCUAUAUAUUUUUAGGACCAACAACCUUUCUUAAAAAAAAAAGAAGCAAUUAAAAGAGAGAACCUCUUUGAAUCGUGCUGUGACGGGUGUUGUGAUGCAAGUGCAACUGUAGAAUAUAUUGUGAGUUAAAUAAAGUUACAUUAUACCAAGAAGGUGCUCAGGGCUUCAGUGUUCUGAAUUUUAUUCCUUGCAUUAUUUGUUAAUUUAUCACAAUGACGUUCUGAAGGUAGAAAUUGAAUAGGUUGGAUCUUCCAUUUACACUGGUUCCAUUAUAACCUGUUUUUUUCCCCACACUCUCAUCAACUGCCCUCAAAUUCUCUCACUCAGCUACACACUAGGGACAAUUUGCAGCAGCCAAUCAAUCUUCGAACUUACCAUGAGGAAAUCUGCAGAUGCUGGAAUUUCAAGCAACACACAUCAAAGUUGCUGGUGAACGCAGCAGGCCAGGCAGCAUCUCUAGGAAGAGGUACAGUUGACGUUUCAGGCUGAGACCCUUCGUCAGGACUCCUUCAAAUCCCCAAACUUGCAUGUUUUUGGGAUGUGUGAGAGAACCAGAGCAUUCGAGGUUUUUUUUUGGGGGGGGGGAGAACCCAUGCAUUCAACAGGAAGAUCAUGCAAAUUCCACAGAGGCAGCACAUGAGGUCAGGAUUGAACCUGUGUCUCUGGAUCUGUGGAUCUCUCAAUAAACACCGCCGAAUUCCCCUCAGCUAGGGAGUACAAGGUGAGUUACCUUGCUAAUACACCACUGACUGCUGUUAAUACACAUCUGAUUUUUACUUUUUUUUAAUAAAUUCCAUUUAUUUAAAAAUACUUAGUAGUUGGUUAACUGUAAAAAGUGAAACUUAAUUUUUCUAAGACAAAGAAAAGUCUUGGCCCAAAAUAUCAACUGUUUAUUCAUUUCCAUAGAUGCUGACCUGCUUUCCUCCAGUAUUUUGUGCAUGUUCUUCUAGGACAAAGUGCAGCUUGAGAUACAUAUUUGUAUUGGUUUAUUAUA